AUGCCUAUUCCUAGAUUCGAUGUCGCCGUUGUUGGGGCUGGCCUUAGCGGCCUGAGAGCUGCAACUCUGAUCCAGCAAGCCGGUUAUUCGUGUGCUGUUUUAGAGGCCAUGGAUCGAGUCGGCGGCAAAACCUAUUCUCACAAAUCCGUCAAAGGUGGGAAGAUCGACCUCGGAGCUGCAUGGAUCAAUGAUACAAACCAGAGUGAAAUGUUUGCGCUGGCUAAAGAGUUUGGCUUCGAUUUAAUCAAGCAAAGAACCGUUGGAUUGAAUGUCCAUCAGAGCGCUGAUGGGUCUUUUGUGUCUUUUCCUUAUCGCUCAGAUCUUGAAGAUUCGCCAGAUACUACUCCUGAACUCAAAGGGGCCAUUGAAGUUUUCAACAAGUUGGUGGAAUCAUCCAACUUGGAGCACCCCGAGCAGGGUCCCAACGCGAAAAUGCUCGACUCAGUGACCUUUCAUGAGUUUAUACAAGAAUACGCUGGAGAGGAAGGGGUUGCCAUGGCGAAUCAUUUGAGUCAAGCGCUGUUGGGAGUCGAGGCGGAAGAGCUCAGUGCCUUGUAUAUGAUUGACUAUAUUAAGUCUGGGACGGGGCUUGCCAACAUGGCAUCUGAUGAGAAACAUGGAGGGCAGUAUCUCCGCAACCGACAAGGUAAUCAAAGCUUUUCGCUGAAACUAGCCGAAAUGCUCGCGCCGAAUUCCGUAUUCUUGUCCACACCAGUUAGCAAGAUUACCCAACUCCAAAACGGGAAGUGCGAAGUAAGCACCAAGACUAGUUUAUCCUUCGAGUGCAAACGGGUAGUUGUCUCAGUGCCCACUUGCUUGUAUCCCACUAUAACAUUCGAGCCCGCCCUCCCUGCAGCCAAGCGGACGCUUGCCGAAAACACGGCGCUGGGUUACUAUUCCAAGAUGAUCUUUGUUUUCGACAGUCCGUGGUGGCGAGAGGCCGGAUUUUCUGGAGUUGUCACGUCUGAUGAAGGUCCUAUCUGCUUUUCACGCGACACCUGUUCCGAGGAAGACGGACAAUACAGCAUUACCUGCUUUCUGGUAGGUGAUGUCGGUCGUCGCUGGUCCAAGUUCUCUGCUGCAAUGCGGAAGAAGCAGGUCAAGGAUCAAUUUUAUGCUGCCUUUAGAAGCGCGAAGCCUGCACUCCCCACUCUAGAGCCCAUUGAGGUGAUUGAGAAGGAGUGGGCCAAGGAUCCAUGGACAAAAGGAGCACCCAGUCCGGUCAUGAUGCCAGGUACUAUGACCAGCGAGUCAGGCCAAGCAAUCCGAUCAGCCUUUGAAAAUGUCCACUUCAUUGGCACCGAGACGGCUUAUGUAUGGAAGGGAUAUCUUGAGGGAGCGGUGCGGUCAGGGAAAAGGGGUGCGGCGGAAGUCGUCCAUGCUCUGGGCCAACGUCGGGCCAAGGUCUAG